AUGUAUGCAGGGGUGCUUAUCAAACCUCGCGCAAGUUCGAAGCGGCUCAAGCGUUGCUGUGAUGCUGCAGCCGCAGCUGCAUCUGCAGAGUUGUGCCCGGCUUGUAACCGAACCUUAAUCACAUCUAACGGGUUCCCGAUAAUAAUCCCAAUGGCCCCGCUGAGUCCUCAUAAUCCCAUCGAUCGCCUUUCGAAGCCCUUCAGAUGUCCCGGAUCUGCUACCCCAACCCGAGCCUCAGACAAGCCGGCGAGAAAGAAGAGAAAAGUCAACUAUGCGGGCGCCGAUGGAAACGCGGAUGAAGGAGAAAAGCCAUAUACAAACGAAGAACGCCUAGCCCUUGCCACCAGGGACGUGAACAGAUUCCCCGUUUUUAAGCCCAAAGACACAGAUACGACGUUUAAGCAGAGAUUCAAAGUCCCGUUUAUCAAUAAAGCAUCCGAUGCCUACGAUGCCUCACGGCCAGCACCAACGCUUGGGAUGAGAAGAGGCGCGACGUUUGUCGUGAAACCUUUACAUGAUCCCAGUGGAGAAUUUGCAAUAGUGUUAUACGACCCGACCGUUGACGAUGUUGAAGAGAAAGCCGAAUCAAAACCAGAGGGUCAACCCGAACAACCGAAGUUGGAUGAGCCUAUCGUGCAUAAGAGCUUGGCGGACAUUCUAGGUCUGAAGAAGGAGGUUGAUACCCGCCCCAAGGUUCCUGUUGUGAUAGAUCCGAAAUUGGCGAAGAUUUUACGUCCACAUCAAGUUGAAGGUGUCAAGUUCUUAUAUCGCUGCACAACUGGGAUGGUGGAUAAAAAUGCACACGGCUGCAUCAUGGCAGACGGGAUGGGGUUGGGCAAAACGCUUCAAUGCAUUGCCUUGAUGUGGACUCUGCUCAAGCAGUCAUCAGAAGCCGGGAAGAGUACUAUUCAAAAAUGCAUUAUUGCUUGUCCGUCAAGUUUGGUUGGUAACUGGGCCAAUGAGCUUGGGAAAUGGCUUGGAGAGGGUACCAUUACUCCGUUUGCAGUAGAUGGCAAGGCGUCGAAAACAGAGCUUACUAUGCAAAUAAAACAAUGGGCAAUCGCUUCCGGACGCUCCGUGGUUAGGCCUGUCCUAAUCGUGUCUUACGAGACGCUGCGCAUGUACGUUGAUACGCUGAAGGAUUCACCCAUCGGUCUAUUGCUGUGUGACGAAGGUCACCGCCUCAAAAAUAAAGACAGUUUGACGUGGACUGCGCUGAACAGUCUGAAUGUGAGCCGCCGGGUUAUUCUGUCUGGUACUCCCAUCCAGAAUGACCUGUCUGAGUACUUCGCUCUCCUAAACUUCGCCAAUCCAGACUUGCUUGGCUCGCAGAACGAGUUCCGGAAGAGAUUCGAACUACCAAUUCUUAAGGGGCGAGAUGCAGCAGGAACAGAAGAAGAGCAAAAGAAAGGAAACGAGCGUCUGUCAGAACUUUCGGGCAUUGUCAACAAAUUCAUUAUCCGUCGGACAAACGACAUCUUGUCGAAGUAUCUGACCGUCAAGUAUGAACAUGUGGUGUUCUGCAACAUGUCGCAAUUCCAACUUGGACUGUACAAUCAUUUCAUCCAGAGUCCCGAAAUCAGGAGUUUGCUUAGGGGAAAGGGAAGUCAGCCUUUGAAGGCCAUUGGACUCUUGAAGAAGCUCUGUAACCACCCAGACCUGCUCAAUCUUUCCACAGACCUCCCAGGAUGUGAACACGCAUUCCCAGACGACUAUGUACCGCCUGAAGGCAGAGGUCGCGACCGAGAAAUCAAGUCCUGGUACUCCGGGAAGAUGAUGGUCCUUGACCGUAUGUUAGCACGCAUUCGCCAGGAUACGAAUGACAAGAUCGUUCUUAUCAGCAAUUAUACCCAAACGUUGGAUCUCUUCGAAAAGCUCUGCAGAGCAAGAGGGUACGGCUCGCUGCGGUUGGACGGCACCAUGAACGUUAACAAACGACAAAAGCUGGUCAAUAAAUUCAAUGACCCCGAGGGAGAGGAAUUUGUCUUCCUUCUUAGCAGCAAAGCCGGUGGGUGUGGUUUGAACUUGAUCGGCGCAAACCGUCUCGUACUUUUUGACCCCGAUUGGAACCCUGCAGCCGACCAACAAGCACUGGCCCGUGUGUGGCGUGACGGACAAAAGAAAAACUGUUUCGUCUAUCGCUUUAUCGCCACUGGAUCAAUCGAAGAGAAGAUCUUCCAGCGUCAGUCUCACAAGCAAUCGCUCUCUUCCGCUGUGGUUGAUUCCGCAGAAGAUGUCGAGCGCCACUUCUCAAUAGAAUCCCUUCGCGAGCUUUUUCAAUUCAAGCCAGAAACUCGAAGUGAUACGCACGAUACGUUCAAGUGCAAGAGGUGUAGACCGAAGGAGUCCCAAUUUAUCAAAGCUCCAGCCAUGCUAUAUGGUGACACUAGUACCUGGAAUCAUUUUGUCAACGAUGGAGAAAAGGGGCAGCUUGGGAAGAUUCAAGAUCUGCUCAUUCGUCAAGAGACUACAGAAAGGGACGUUUCUGCAGGGAAACCAUCUAGGCUUGAAAAAAUCGUCCGAAAUGCCGCUUUCAAACGAGAACAUGAAGAGAUCCAGAAGAUAGUCGACCAACUUUGCCAUGACUACGCUUACGCCGUACACCAGCCUCACGCCAGAAAUGGUGGUUUAAUCGGGCUGGCUGCCGCCUCGAUAGCAUUGGGAUCCGAGAGUGUUGCUCCUCAUCUCAAGGAAAUCGUACCGCCGGUUCUUGCCUGUUUCUCCGACCAAGAUGCGCGGGUCAGGUACUACGCAUGCGAAAGCAUGUACAACAUUGCCAAGGUCGCCAAAGGAGAGAUACUACUAUUUUUUAACGAGAUUUUCGAUGCGCUGAGCAAAUUGGCUUCAGACUCGGAGCUCUCCGUGAAGAAUGGCGCUGAGCUUCUUGAUCGUCUUGUGAAGGACAUUGUUUCGGAGUCUGCUGCCACUUAUAUCUCAGUUCUGCAGCUCUCUGAAAAGGAUACGUUAGAUUCAGAUACGUUUGAAGAAGCAGAUCUGCCGACCGCGUUUUCUCUCGCGAAAUUCAUACCUUUGCUCAAGGAUCGUAUACAUGUGAUCAGCCCAUUCACGCGCACCUUCUUGGUACAAUGGUUGACAUUACUGGAUACAAUUCCUGACCUGGAGCUUGUCUCUUACUUGCCGGAGUUUCUUGGGGGGUUAGUUAAAUUCCUGGGUGACACGAAUAGGGAUGUGCAUGUCGCCACACAAGGCCUUCUCGAUCGGUUUUUAUCUGAAAUAAAGAGGAUUGCACGUCUCAAAAAGGGCAUUGAGGAUAGUCGAAAGGAACAAGAAAGCAAAAGACAAUCGGCUGCGAGUGAUGAUGCGAGCGCAAUUACCGACCAGGCUGUUGCUCCAGAAGAGGACAAGGAUGAGAAUGCUAUUGAGGAUUCGGGAUCUGAAUCCGUUAUUGAAGAAGAUGUUGUCCAGGUUGACGGUGACUGGGUCCCGGGCCAAGAUGUCCAUAUUGAUUACCCUAAGAUCCUGGACAUUCUUGUCGGAUUCGUUGACACGUCGUUUGAUGAGGAGAUGCAGCUUACAGCACUGCGUUGGAUUGAUAGCUUCUUCGAAAUCAGCCCUGAAGAUAUCCUUCCAUUCGUCCCACGUCUUCUGACUCAAGUUCUUCCUGCAAUGUCCAGUGGCUCAGACCAGGUACGACAGGCUGCUAACCGAGUCAACACUUCUUUGUUGGAGUAUAUCGUUACCCUGUCUGAAGACACUUCGGAGGAAAAUCGUCCAGCCGCGACCUCUAAAUUACCGCCCGCUGUAAACAACAAGGAAAAUGCUGAAAGAAGGUUAUCGACACCAGGCGGCAAACCUUCUGAUACCCAGGGAAGCGAACUUAGGAAGCAGAUUUCCCAACAAGAGCCACCAGUCGACCAAACACCCCGAAGCAGUAUUGUGUCCGUGCAAGCUCCUCCGGCAGAUCUUGAUUAUGCUGCCGCUGUGACUUCACUUACAUUGCAAUUCUUGAAUGAAAAUGAAGCCACAAGAGUAGCCGCCUUGUCCUGGCUGAUAAUGUUACAUCGGAAGGCACCUCGCAAGGUUGUCGCUUUCAAUGACGGAACCUUUCCUGCACUUCUCAAAACGUUGUCGGACCCUGCGGAAGCUGUUGUCACCAAGGACCUCCAACUUCUAUCGCAGAUUUCAAGGAAUAGCGAGGAUAGUUAUUUUGCUUCGUUUAUGGUGAACUUGCUGCAGCUGUUCUCGACGGACCGGAACUUGCUUGAGGUUCGUGGGAAUCUCAUUAUUCGGCAGCUUUGCAUGAACUUGAGCCCGGAACGUAUCUAUCGGACCCUAGCAGAUUGUCUCGAAAAGGAAGAGGAUAUCGAGUUCGCUAGCAUCAUGGUUCAAAAUCUGAAUAACAAUCUAAUCACCGCACCUGAACUCUCUGAUCUUCGAAAGAGAUUAAGGAAUAUCGAUUCAAAGGAGGGUCAAAUGUUCUUUGUGGCUCUUUUCAGGUCAUGGUGCCAUAAUGCCGUCUCUACAUUCUCACUAUGUCUCCUCGCUCAAGCUUAUGAGCAAGCAUAUAAUCUUUUGCAAGUAUUUGCUGAACUCGAAAUGACCGUUAAUAUGUUAAUACAAAUCGACAAGUUGGUCCAGCUCUUGGAAUCACCUGUCUUCACAUACCUCCGUCUCCAACUCCUAGAACCAGAGAAAUACCCAUACCUAUACAAAUGCCUCUACGGCGUCCUCAUGCUCCUCCCGCAAAGCUCCGCAUUCGCAGCGCUCAAAAACCGCCUAAACAGCGUCAGCAACAUCGGCCUCCUCCACGCUAGUCCACGACUCACCAGCACGGCCCCAAUAUCCACCUUCGAACGCCCAACCGGCGCGCGCCUGAAAUCCCGCGACGAAGCCUCCUCCAUCCGCUGGGCCGACCUCCUCGACAAAUUCAAAUCUGUGCAAGAAAAAGCCCGACGAGCCCAACGCGCCGCUUACCAACGCCAACUCGACCACGACGGUAUCCGAACCGGACCACAGAACCCGUCCCUAACGGCUGCGCUUUCCGCGGCUGCGACGUCGGACCAGAUUCGUGGGAAGGAUCGGGGGUUUGGGGCUGGGGGUGGGGAGUCACCGCGUGGCGGGAAUGCUGGAGGGACUGGCCGGAUGAAUUCAGUGGAUAGUUCUGGGACGCAGAAGGGGGGUGGUAGUGGUGGUGGGGGAGGGUCUAUUCUGGGGGGUGCGCAUCGGCAUAAGUCGAGUCUUCCUAAUCUUGGGCGACUGGGGAUUGGGAGUCGGAAGUCUAAGCGUUGA